CACAAGAAGUUGCUUAUCCACUCAAAACGAAGAGAAGUAUGAGGAAGAGAAUGAUCAGCUACCCACAAAUGAUAUUUUCCUCUUCUGCCCACGAAAUUUACCAUGGUAACUGACUAACUGUGAGUAGCUGGUUGCUGCUUUAUAUAAGAGGAGAGCCGCCGUGUUAGUAUUACGUACACUCUGCUGGGUCAGCUGCAAACAGCCUGGCCUGCUCAUUUAACCAGCCUCCCCCGUUCAGUUCCGCUCGCCCGGCAAUGCCCAGCCGCAAGCCAGCGCCGGAGUGUGCCUCCGGGAACUGGAGCGACGGCGAGACGUCCACCCUCAUCGACGCGUGGGGGGGCGCCCACCAGCGCCGCCGCCCGCGCGGCCUCCGCCUGAAGGACUGGCGCGCCGCGGCCAGCGCCGUGAACGCCCACCGCGCCGCCGCGGGGCACCGCUUCAACCGCACCCGCGUCCAGUGCCAGACGCGCAUCCGCACCCUCAAGAAGCGGUACAAGGAGGAGCUCGCGAGGCAGCCGCCGUCGGGCUGGCCCCACCUCCCCCGGCUCCGCGCGUUCCUGGCCGGCCCCGACGGCCCGCCCCCGGGCUUCCCGGCAAGGGCGCCGGCGCCCGUCAAGCUGGAGGUGAAGGAGGAGGAGGAGGAGGAAGGCGGAGGCAGCGGGCUGGCGGCGAGCUGGACGGUCCCGAGGAGGCCGAGGGAUGCAGCCGCGCGGAGUACGGGGUUCUGCACGGCGGCGGUGGUGACGAAGCUGGCGGAGGUGUACGAGCGCGUGGAGCUGGCGAGGAUCGGCGCCGAGGAGGAGAAGAUGGAGAUGGAGGUGCAGCAGGCCAUGCUGGACGUCGUGAAGGUGGAGCACCGAAGCCCUGCGCAAUCCCCUUCAACCCGCGCGCGGUGCACCGUGGCCGAACCAAACUUCCAAAUCCGGCUGGACGCAGCCAACAAUGCGUCUGGGCCGCGCGCGCGCACAGGCACGGCGAGCCAACCAGGCACGGCAGCCGGGCAGCGGAGAGCGGACAGCACAGCACCAGACCAAGCCGACGGGAGCCGAAGCCGACCCACCCGGCCAGCCCGAUCGUUCGUUCGAGCGAGCAAAACCUCGUGCGUGACCGCACCCGAACCCUCUCACCCUGCGUCGCACCGUGCCGCGCCGCGGAUGCACGCAUCAUCCGCGCACCCACCUAUAUAUACACGCGUCCGACGUAACCACACGAGUCAGGUGGGGGCGCAGCGCCACCGACCAACCGAUCGGUCCAUCAAACGGGCAGCACAAGCAUCACACGCCCCUCACGGCCGCACCCACACCUCUGGAGCCAGCCAGCCACAGCCUCCCUCUCCUCCCUCCGCCGGCCCGCCCGCCCGCCCCGCCGCGGGGAUGCCGACGACCCGCCGCCGCCCGCCGCCGCCUCCGCCGGCGUGGACACCCGAGCCGUGGAGCGACGGGGAGACGUCCGCGCUGCUCGACGCCUGGGGCCCGCGCCACCUCCGCGCCCGCGGCGGCGCGCUCCGCCCCGCCGACUGGCGCGCCUGCGCCGCCGCCGUCACCUCCCGCCGCGCCGCGGACGGGCGCGCGCCGCGCACCGUCGACCAGUGCAAGAACCGCGUCGAUUACCUCAAGAAGCGUCUCAGGGCCGAGCGCGCCAGGCCCAAGGGGGCCCCGCCGCCGCCGCCGCCGGUCGCGGGGUGGCUCGGCCGCCUCCGCGCGCUGCUGCAACUCGCCCCCUCCGCUCCUCCCGGGUUCGCGCACCGCCUCAGCGCCACGAUGGGGAAGGUGAAGGAGGAGGAGGACGACGACGACGAGAAGGCGAGCGGCGGGGCUCCUCUGCCCCGCGACUGGCCGCCGGUGCCGAAGCGGCCGAGGACGGCGGUGUCGCUGUCGCCGUUGAGCGCCGCCUCUGGGGAACACCCCGAAGGCGGCGGGAGGAGCUGCACUGAAGUGGCGGCGGCUCUGGAUAGGCUUGCCGGGACUUACGAGCGGGUGGAGGCGGCGAAGCAGAGGGAGGCGACGCGGCUGGAGGAGCGGCGCCUGGAGGCGAUGCGCGAUCUCGAGAUCGAGCGUAUGCGCCUACUCGUCGACGUCGCCGUCACCUCCUCCGUCGGUCUCGACGGCCCCGCCGCCGCCGCAACCGCCGGCGGGGACUUCUAGUUGAGAAGCUAGGAUGAUAAUAGGCUGGCCAAGGUAGCCAAAAUCCAUAUUCCAGCCUAUUUUGUUUCUCUCAAAGAGAUGAUCGCAUCAUGGAGAUAGAAGGCACUUGAUGUGAUGCCCUUAUGGAAAGUUAAAUCGGUUUAGGUUACAGGAAAAGCUUAGCCAGAUAUAGGAUAGCACAUGGUGAGAUUUUUAAGUUC